AUGUCCGAAGAAGUUGUAAUCUCAAUGAUAAGAGUGAUCGGAGAAAUGAUAUUAUUAAAACAUAAAAAACGAGGUUUAAAAAAAAAAAAAGAGUGGGUAAGAAAAUGGAUACAAAGGCGGAAUAACUUGGGUGUUACAAAUACAUUAAUUAAAGAACUUGCAAUUGAGGACCACAAAAGUUUUUAUAACUUUUUAAGAAUGAAUGAAGAAAUGUUUGACACAUUACUUAAUAAAGUUUCUAAAAGGAUCCAAAAAGAGGAUACAGUUAUGAGGAAUGCUCUCCCAGCAAAUUUAAAAUUACAAGUUGCUUGUAGAUUUUUAGCUACAGGUGACUCACUUGCGUCUCUACAGUAUUUAUAUAGAGUACCAAAAUGUAGCAUAAGUAAAUUCCUACCAGAGGUUUUUGACGCUAUUUAUGAAGCAUUGCAGGAUUAUAUCAUGGUAAGAAUAUAA